AUGGGAGACCGAUACUCAUUCUCCCUGACAACCUUCUCUCCGUCUGGCAAGUUGGUGCAAAUAGAAUACGCAUUGAAUGCUGUAUCUCAAGGAGUGACGAGCAUUGGCAUCAAAGGUCAAAAUGGAAUAGUCAUUUGCACAGAAAAGAAGGUCACAUCACCCUUGAUUGAUGAUACCACCAUCGAAAAAAUAUCGCAAAUUUGUUCAACUAUUGGAAUGGUCUAUUCUGGAAUGGGUCCUGAUGCAAGAGUACUGGUUGACAAGGCCCGUAAAUCUGCUCAGGAAUACAAGAGGACAUAUAUGGAAGAACCACCUGUCGUCAUGUUGGUUCGUGAAGUCGCUUCUGUCAUGCAAGAGUUUACUCAGAGCGGUGGUGUCAGGCCGUUUGGAGUCUCAUUGCUGAUUGCAGGUUACGACGAAACUGGACCAUCAUUGUACCAAGUAGAUCCAUCAGGUUCAUAUUGGGCAUGGAAGGCUAGUGCUAUUGGAAAGAACAUGAUCAAUGCCAAGACAUUCCUUGAAAAGAGAUUUUCAGAUGGAAUGGAGUUAGAAGAUGCCGUCCAUACAGCCAUAUUGACAUUGAAGGAAGGCUUUGAAGGUCAAAUGACUGACUCAUCUAUUGAAAUUGGUAUCGCCAUUCAGGUCGAAAAGGUCAACCAUGAGGGUGAAAAGUACAAGACUGGCGAAUUCAGGAGGCUAGAUGCUUCUGAAAUCAAGGAUUAUCUUGCAAAUAUUGCCUGA